CUCGGAUAGUCACAUUGGAUGUGUUGCAAAAUGUAAAAUUUUAAACUGGUUUAAAUAGAAUCCAUCUUGGCAAGUAAAGCUCACUUUCCUGAUUUUCGCCGCUGCCAUUAGUACAUGUUACUUUCGUGUAAUUAGAGAUAGAUAAAAAAUGCACUAACGUAUUUUGGGCGGGGGCGGACAUUUGGAUCUUUUUGGCGCGAUGUUCUGCCAAGUUUGACGUUUCUGCAGGCACGAUCCAUUACCACAUUCGAUGUGAUAGCGCCGGUGCUUGCGAGUUGCGAGCGACGGCGACGAUACGCUACCGUGAAGAAAUCAGAGGAGCGGAGUGUGAAUUAUCUCGAAUCUAGGUGAUGCUUAGCUUGUCGUACUUUCUGGUGAGAUGCUGCUGUGAACUGACCAUAAAAUGACCGACGAGUUUUGGCAAGACGAUUGGUACCGCACUGCGUCAAGUUGAAGAUGUCGGUAAGAAUUUGGUGAUUUCAUUUCGCAUGCAUCCUAGAGGGGACAAUCGGUGAUCUGAAGAACACGACAGAAGUUUAUAUGCCAGUAUUAGAUAGCAAAUCGUUUAACAAAAGUGUGGUCGAAGAAAAAUCUGCAACCGCGGUACACUCUGAAAACAAAGAGUAGUAUCCCCCAAGAAAAUCAGAAAGUGUGGCGGUGGGGGUAUUUCUGUCUUUUCGCAUGCUGCCAAUCUUCAAAGGGUCCUGAAACGAUGUUCUAAAAAGCAGCGUCAAGAUGGCCACAGCGGCGAAAACACGCAGACACUGAGGAGAACAUCAUCAUUGGACGUGCUAAAGAAGCUGGCUUUAUCGAGCCUUGGCAUCUGCUCUUUCUAUUCCCAUCCUCCGCUGCUCAUGUUGAAUUGGACUGCAGAAUUAUUACCGAUUUUAAAUAGGGGGAACAAUCUGAAUAUCUGAUAGCCUCCUAGUUCUUCUACUGUUCUAGGCAAAUGGUUGCUUGCUUCUACAUUUUAUAUGGAAGAUUAUUUGAAUGAGAAGUAGCUUUCUUCCCAGACAAGCAUUUGCGAGAAGGAUUGUAGAUAUGGAAUUAAACUUUGAUAAGUACUGCAUUGUAGAUGGAAGUCCUACUACGGUGCUCCCAGUUAUCCGUCGCAGUUCCAAAGCUCAAAGUAGAAAAUCAAAUGGAAAGCCCAAGAGUGGAGAUCUUAUAUUGUCUGACAAUGGGCACUUCACUGAAAUCAGAUUUGAUAGUUGCAAAAAAUCCAACCAGGAAGAUGUUGAAAUGCUGAAGUGGGGUUCAGCACAUCAAAGUUCCGACGAGGUUAUGCAGCUGAGGAUAUCUGAUGCAGCCCCUGAGAGGAAAAAGAUUGAAUUUUCCGGGGGGAUCGAGCGAAUGUCAUCAUUUGGAAUUAUUGAUUCUUUAUGUAAUUCAGAUGACGAUGCGCUGAUUACAGAUCAAGACAGGCUCUCAGUAUUAUCUUGCUCAGAUCAGAGUACAAGUUCUUCCUGCAACGAACAUACAAUGACAUCUGAAUCUGUUGCUGCCAAUCUGCAUAAGCCAUUGGUGGUGAAGUUUGGUUUACCUCAAUCACCUGUUAAGCCUAAAACUGGUGGCUCCAAAUCCAACAGUCCAAACUUCCAGUUUAGUUCUGGCCGGAAGAUUCUUGAUCCGUUUGUUGGGUCCAAAACACAAAAGAGUCCAUUGAGUCGUGUCAGUGAGACUUGCUCCGAUGCAAUAAGUGCGAAUCUUGGUCACUGCAGUGGAAAUGGAACCCUUCAUGAAGGGGCACUAAAUGUAUCAUUAGACAAGCAACACCAUGUGGGGUUCGAAAAGAAAGAGAAUAAUGUAUCUGGUCCUCUGAGCUCUCCAGCAUAUCUUCAUGGCUUUCUCAAGUUGAAGAUCAAACGGGGAGUUCCAUUUUUCAAGUUCUCAGUGAAGUUUCCGGAAGAAAUUUAUACUGCUAGUACGUCGAAGGUUGAUAACACCCUCAACUGGACAUAUACAAUCCACUCAGUUAAUCACAAAAGAAGUAGUAAUCCUGUUGGAUGGAGAUUAAAGGACAGCAAUAGAGAUCUCCCUAUUGUUGGACAGAUGCUCGUAUCGUGCUAUCUAUCUACAGAAUUGAAAGUCGAUGGAGCUUCUAGUGAUUCUAUGGUGACAGAGUUCUUUCUGUAUGACAACUUGAGUUUGAGUUGUUCCUUUGAUGACAAUAAAUCUCCUCUAGCUUCCCAUAAGCCAUUUUCAUGGAGCUCCGAGCAGAAUAAAUUGUCGAUGAAGCCAAAGAAUAAAGCCCAGGUUCAACAUUCUUCUGACAGCGGCCAAUUGGUGUCAUCUGCUUCACAGCUCCCGACAACAGCAAAAUUGCCUGCAGGGAUAGAAAUUGCAGCAAUACUUAUUCAAGUCCCAUUCGAGAAGAGGGAGAGUUUGAAGUUCAAGAGCGGAGACAUGAAAUCUGAUACUCUGCAACGUAGACUGGUAGAUUUUUAUCAGCUUGACAAUGCAGAUGAGACCAAUUCUGCAGUUAAAAGUCCCGGGAAGAUCCAUGUUGUGAUUCCAGCUGGACGCCAUGGUUUGCCUACUCCCGAAAGCCUUGGGCCUUCUCCAUUACUCGAUAGAUGGAGAUCAGGUGGAAAAUGUGAAUGCAGUGGAUGGGAUCUCGGAUGCCCACUCACUGUUUUUAGCAAUGCAAAUGUUCGUGUCGUGGAGGGUCAAUCCGUCGUAGGCAAUCAGCAUCCGGCAGAACUGUUUCAUGAGGGAAGGAAAGAUGAAGUGGCAUUUAGCAUGAGGGUAAUGGAAGAAGGAAACUAUGCCGUUGAUUUUCAUGCUCGGUUAUCCUCACUGCAAGCAUUCUCCAUCUGCAUUGCACUUCUGCACGCUGCAGUGGGGCGUGACAACAAAUUGUUGCAGAGCAAGGUAUAUCCCGACAAGGGAACUGAAAAUUUUGCAGAUGUCAUUGUAGAGGAACACUCUCAUGCACCUAACAAGAUCAUGGAAGGAGUCGUCCCGUCUUUUGUGGUCAAUCCCGUGUUCUCUCCAAUCGGUCGAGUUUAGCCACAACAUCACUCAUUCGAACUCAGCACGUAAGCCUCGAAUCCUCCAUGAAUUCGGAACACAAUUGAAAAAUCAACAUCCUUCCUUGGAUCAAAGAUGGAAGCAUCAAUCGAUGUUGUGUAUAUAUUUCAUUUCAGGUCAGCUCUAUUGAGAAUUGACUGCAUUUACAGUUCAUUAGUAGAAAAAAUUGAAGUGAACAUGAUGGUAUUGUUUAGAGCUAUAGUUUGAUACAAAAAAAGGAAUAGUGGAGAAGAACUAGUUUUGUAUAUAUAUAUAUAUGUAUGUAUUUCUUGUGUC